AUGUGGAAAGACUCAUGGGAGAUUAUCGCGGCGUUGGCGAACAAGGGCCCAGCUGUUGAACAGGAAGUCACCUCCGGCAUGGCCCUGCGCCGCCGCGAGACGUCCUCCUCUCUGCUCGGGUUAAGGAGGAAAGUAAAGACUGACAGCGAUACAACAAAGUCUGAAUGAAGCUGUCGGCGUGGAGAGAGAGAGAGACGUUAGAUAAAUAAGAUCGUCCACUCCGAGAGAAGAAAGGAGGACUGUUCCUAUAGAGGUCAAAGGUCAACAUAUCCUAAAAUAGAUCAGCUCACAGUGUGUCCUGAUUAGAUUAACCUUUAUUGUAGAGCGUUUGUGUCAUGUCUGUGUCUCUGAAACGUUGUUGUUGAAUCUCCUAAAACACUAAAGUGAAUUAAUUAGAAUUAUCUGGUAUUAUAGUGUUUAGACUGUGAGGUUUAUUAUCAUUUCUACAUUAUAUCUUAUUGUGUUAGCUCUCUUAUGUUGGAUUAUAUCAGAUUAUAUCAUAAUAUAUUGGAUUAUAUCAUAUCGUAAUGAAAUACUUCAUACCUCAUAUUAUUUUAGUGAAUUACAUCCUGAUCAAUCUUAGAGAGGGAGACUGAAUCAUGUUGGAUUUUAUUCAAUGACAUGAUAUUAAUAAUAAUAAUAAUAAUAAUAAUAAUAAUCCAUCACAUCCUUCUGUCUAUCCUAUAACAGUGGUUCUCAACUGGUGGGUCCCGACCCAAAAGUGGGUCACAGACACGUUCUGGAUGGGUCGUGAACAGCUGGUCGAAAAAGUAAAUAUUUAAUUCGGAUCUGAUGUUUGACAUGUCUUUUAUUUUGAAAAAUAGCUUUUAUUUUGAAGGGCAUGUGUUAUGUCCUGGUCCUCCUCAGUUUCUUAUUAAUUUGGCCUGAAUGCAGUAAAAUUACAUGGUUUUUUUUUGGUAUUUAUUUUGUUUAAUUUGAUAUUUUCUGUAUAAGGAACUUCAGUCGUUGUCGUCCUCAGUUCAUCUGCUCUGAAAUACACUUUACUCAGGAAAAACAUAUUAAUGUUAAAGGUUUUUUUUAAUAAUAAAUAAAUUUUCUUGGUUUGAAUUUUAUAAAAGUGGGUCACGACUGAAGGACCAUGAGAAAAUGUGGGUCCCACAGUGAGACCAGUUGAGGACCACUGUCCUAUAACUCACUAUCAUACAGAACCAUAAACCGUAUUUUCUCCUCCUGUCUCCCUGUUUGUCCCUUUGGCUUCUGUGGACCAGACUGAGGUGGGUUUGACUGAACCUGAACCUGGUUUAGCUAAUCUGUAUAACUGAGAACAUGGAGGGACCGUCCCACAGCUGCAGGUCGGCGCUGCUUCGGUCUACAGAAUCACAGGCGUAGAAUUAUUAAUGCAACCACUUCUCGCUUACGUACGUGAUUGGCUGUCCCCGCUGUCACUACAUCUGCCUGUAAAAGUUACCUGCUAGUUGGACGGGACAGUGAACGUUACCCGCAACCACAAAGUCUAAGUUGUCAACAUGUUUGGUUUAUUGUGUCUGGGUCACGUACGCUUCAGAUUUUAAUAUCAGCGGUGUCGUUCACAUUUACAUUUGUGUUUGUGUGUGUGUGUGUGUGUGUGUGUGUGUGUGUGUGUCUGCACGUGCUCCACAUGACGUAAAAUCAUGACUGCAAAUGCAAAAAAAACAAACGUUCAGGAGGACAACUCUGUGUCCCCCCCAGUGUCAAAACCAAACCCUCUCUCUUGUUCAGAACGACCGUGUGACGGAGCGACCGCACAGAAAUGUUCAAAACAAUCUCCCCAUGAUGACAUUUACGGGUAAGAUUGCGCCGCAGUGUGAGCACAGCUGAUCUUUCCCGCCUCUUUUGACGUCUGCAGCUUUGAUGGAGACUCAGAUGUUCCGCCUACGCAGAGAGAGAGAGAGGACAGAGGCGCUCAGAGAAAACACGGACGCUCUGCCAGAGAGAGACACAGUCAGCGGCUCAGUCAUUAGCAUUGCAGAUGUUAGCGAUAGGAAGUGUGAAUGGCCUCAUGCAUACAGCAUGAAUCCCGGCAUUGUCCCAGGACUGCGCAGUAGUCCUACUGUACCGCGGCGCUGGAGUGUGGGAGGGUCCGAGUGUGGGGCAGCGGUCAGAACCCACGGUGGGAUCCAAGGCUUUCCUCUUAUCACAGCCAAAUGUCAGAGUGAGGAUGAAGCGGAGCGGAAACAGAAUAAAGCAUAACAGGAAUAUUUCUGAGGCUGAGUCAGCCGCAUACUUCACAUUCACAGGAAGACCGUCCCAGAACUACAGCUGAUCCCACAGAAACAGACCCAAAACUGUCCUCAGGUUCUGGUUCAGACCCCAGAACUACAGCUGAUCCCACAGAAACAAACCCAGAACUGUCCUCCAGGUUCCGGUUCAGAUCCCAGAACUACAGCUAAUGCAAUAAAAACACAGAGAGAAACCCAAAACUGUCCUCAGGUUCUGGUUCAGACCCCAGAACUACAGCUGAUCCCACAGAAACAAACCCAGAACUGUCCUCCAGGUUCUGGUUCAGACCCCAGAACUACAGCUGAUCCCACAGAAACAAACCCAGAACUGUCCUCAGGUUCUGGUUCAGACCCCAGAACUACAGCUGAUCCCACAGAAACAAACCCAGAACUAUCCUCAGGUUCUGGUUCUGUUAUCAAAAUUGAUCCAACUAACAGACUAAAGACUCAAACUAAAAACAACUCAAAGGUAAGACGGACCAGAGUUUAACCCUGAGCAGAACUUUUAUCUACACAGGCCCAGAAUCACCGACCCGGGGCGCUCUUUAAAUUCUGACCCAGAACCAGAAUCUAGAUUCACCAAAUUUGAUUUCAGGUUUUUGUUUUUGUGUUUCAGUCAGUCAACAGAGUCAGGACCGCUGCAGGUAUUAUGGGAUACAACCAAGACCUCAACAGAGUUGGACGGUAUGAACAAAAUCUUAUAUCACAAUAACCUUAUAUAUCACAGUAUGUUUUUUCUCCUGUAAAUUUAAUCAAUGGUUUAAAAAUAACCGUCAGUACAGCAACAUUUCUACUGUAGACACUUUUAUACCGCCACAAUAAACAUGUUCAAAUGUGGAUCUAAACUCUGAUGGUGGACCUGGACCUGGUCUGUGGCUCCAUUAUACUUCUAAAAACCGCCCCUUUGGACCACAGAACAGCUCUCUGUACUGACCGGGUUCUAACAGGUCUGUCUCUGCUCUGAACCUGGACUCCUGGUAUCAGAUCCUCCUGGACUCGUCUAGUUUUGGUGCCUCAUGCAGACUCUGGAGGAACCUCAGUAUUUUGGCGGACAGACCGAGACCCUAACUUGUAAAGGGUCUAGACUGGACCCCGGGGUUCUGUACCACCCGUGAAGACCUGUAACCUGAACCGGCUGCUGCAGGAUCUUCUGACUCUGGAGAAGGUCCAGAACCACCAUCUCUAAGGUCUUCACUCCCUUUAGGUCCAGAUCAGACAUCAAUAAUGUUACUUUACAAGUUCAGACUCUGAUGGUUUCCACCGUCAAUCAUCUGUAGAGCUUCAUCUCCAUGACGAUGACGUCUGAUCAGCAGGUAAAGGUGAAGGAGAUUCCCUCCAACCCUCUGUAGUCUGAUCUCCUCUAACUUCUGUGGUCCCUCAUCCAGCCUGAUCUAAUGUUAGCUCUGCCCCCCCCCUCAGUCCUGACCCUCAUUAACAGACCGCCUCUCCUCGCUGCACGCUCCGUCAGCUCUGUUUGAAGUACGUGUGCGUCACUGUCGCCUUCGCCUCGCUGACAGAUGACCCCGCGACCUUGUCCUUCAGAGGAUCGAUCCGUACGAGGGCUCAAAGCUGCCAUCAUCAAACACAUCUGAUCCUGCUCACAGCUGGAGCUGAUCGAUCCGAGGAGGGGGCGUGGCAGAUGAUUAGCAUUAAACAUGUCUAUUGA